CGGUGCGGUAUACUAACAUUUCCUAAGUUAGCGAUGAAUAAAAAAGAUAAAGUAAUCCGGGUACUACACGGAGCUCGGUGGAUCCACCUUCCAAUCUCGAUUUCAAAUUUUCGGUGAUCACCUGAUCUGAGACGAGAGGAAGCAACGCAGUCGGAUCGGACGAUGGCGGUCUUCAUGGCGUUGGAGGACUCCCCGCCCUUCAGAAAGCAGAUAUUUUCAUUAGAGCAGACAGCUGAAGAGUUAAGAACCCGGUGUCAAAAGCUUCACAAGGGAUGUAAUAGAUUCAUGUCAUCACUUGAGGAAUCCUAUCAUAAUGACAUUUACUUUGCAGAUUCAUUAGAAGCAUUUGGAGUUGGACAAGAUGACCCAGUUAGUGUAGCUAUUGGAGGACCUGUGAUGUCAAAGUUCACAACUGCAUUUAAAGAACUCGCCAGUUUUAAAGAACUUCUACAAUCUCAGGUAGAUCACAUGCUGAGCAAUAGGCUGAGUCAUUUCAUUGACAUGGAUCUGCAAAAUGUUAAGGAAUGUCGCUGGCAGUACAAUAAAGCUAUGGCAGGGUAUGAUAAGGCACGUGAGAAGUUUGUGUCAAUAAAGAAAGGCACAAGAGCAGACAUAAUUGCUGAACUAGAAGAGAAUCUGCAUAACUCAAAGUCAGCUUCAGAAAGAUGUCGUUUUAAUCUAGUUAGUGCUCUUGCUAAUGUUGAAGCGAAGAAAAAAUUUGAAUUCCUAGAAUCUAUAAGUGCAGUAAUGGAUGCUCAUAUGAGAUACUUUAAGCAGGGUUAUGAAUUACUGAGUCAUAUGGAACCAUUUAUUCAUCAGAUUUUGACGUACACUCAACAGACAAAGGAAAUGAUUAAUGCUGAGAAUGAAAAACUUGAAAAGAGAAUCCAGGAAUUUAGAACUCAAAAUGAGCUUGCAAAUCUAAGAUCCUCCAGCAAUGUGGUGGCUACAACUAGUGGUGAUGGCAUUCAUGUAGUUGGUGUUAAAUCAUACAAAAACAUAGAAGCCCUGAUUAAUUCUACUGUGAAUGAAGAGGUACAGAUAAUUAAGCAAGGUUAUCUUCUUAAGAGAUCUUUAGGUUCAAGAGGAGAAUGGAAGCAAAGAUUUUUUGUACUUAAUAGUCGUGGUAUUUUGUACUACUAUGGAAAUAAAUGGAGCAAACAAGGUAAUGAUAAUCUCAAUUUUCAUAAUGUUGAUCUUCAAACAUCAACCAUUAAGAUGGAUGCAGAGCAGACCAAUAUGAGAUUUUGCUUCAGAAUUAUUUCACCUAUGAAGACAUUCACACUGCAGGCUGAAAAUGAGAUGGAGAGAAUGGACUGGGUUGAGAAGAUUACAGGAGUUAUUGCAUCACUUCUAAAUUCUCCUUUUCCUACACAGCUUUCUUUUGGAUGUUUGGAUAUGGAGAAUCAAAAUUCUGCUGGUUCAAAUGGUGCUGAUGCUAAACGGCUAGUGGAGUGCAUGAAUACAAAAGGAUUUGGUAAUAUUUCCAAGGUCCUAAGAGAUAUUCCUGGGAAUGAUGCCUGUGCUGAAUGCGGUGCUCCUGAGCCUCAAUGGGCAUCUUUAAAUCUGGGAAUUCUUGUUUGCAUAGAAUGCUCUGGAGUUCACAGGAACCUUGGUGUCCACAUUUCUAAGGUGAGAUCACUUACACUAGACGUUAAGGUUUGGGAACCAACUAUUAUAGAUCUAUUUUCUGCCCUUGGUAAUGCUUACUGUAAUUCUGUCUGGGAAGAGUCACUUCUUACUCAAAAUCAAAGAAUUGAUGACCAUACCAUAGAUGUACCAUGUAUCAAAAAGCCCACAUCCCAAGAUAUUCUUUUGAUAAAAGAAAAAUACAUUCAUUCAAAGUAUGUGGACAAAUCUUUGAUAAUCAAAGAAAGUAUCCAAUCUGAUCCUUCUUUUGUUAAUAUUCAAAUGUGGGAAGCAGUCAAAACUAAAAAUGUUAAAAUGGCAUAUGGUCUCCUUGUGGCAUCAAAUGCCUGUGCUAACUCUUACCAUGAUGAGGUGAACAAUGAGCUUCAUCACACUGAGGAUACUCCAACACAUGAAAAUAAUGCUAUUGCAGGCACAAAACAAUUGGAUCCUGCCCUAUGCCAGAAAAUUAAUGAGUCUGGUGAAGCUGAUAGUUGUUUCCAAGGUUGUUCCCUAUUGCAUUUAGCCUGUCAUGUCGGUGAUCCUGUUAUGGUGGAACUCCUGCUACAGUUUGGCGCUGACAUUAAUUUCCAGGACAUUCAUGGAAGGACACCUCUUCAUCACUGUAUUUCCCUGAAGAAUGAUUCUCUUGCCAAAUAUCUAAUCAGAAGGGGUGCAAUAACAUCCAUUAAUGAUGGUGGUGGAGUCACUGCCUUAGAAAGAGCAAUGGAGCUUGGAGCAAUUACUGAUGAAGAACUAUUUAUUUUGCUUGCUGGCCGGUAGUGAAAUAGUCGGAAUUCUUUGUGAAUCUUUGGUUUGCUCAUUCUCAUUGGUCAUCUUCUCGUGUUGGAGACUAGUAAUGUAGUUCCAUCUUUCGCACCAUCAAUCAUUGCUUAGUCUCAGGAUUUAUGAUAAAAUAUUAUCUUGUGAUGUUAUUUGGCAUUUCCUGCUCAUAGGUUAUCCAUAUGACAUAAUGCCUCAAACUUUAUUCAAUUAUACAUUUAUUGUUGUAAGCAUGACUGGAUCUUCUUGCUCUGUAUUAAACUUCAAUAUGAACAGAUGUGAAAAGAAAUUGGUAUCGUUUGACCUUAA